CUCUAGACUCUUCUCCAGCUGUGAUCUCUUCCCUGAAGAAUUCUCCAUUGUCGUCACCUUGAGGGUCCCCGACCUUCCACCCAAGGUCAGUGGCAGUUUUUCUUUCUUGUAAGAGCGGCCUGACUUUCUUUCCUAAUGUUCCCAGCGUCGGCACCCACAAAGCGCUGGGCUGAUCCGGGCCACACAGAGCCACUUGGUUAUAGGAACCUUGGGUCAGGGUGGACUGCCUUGCCCACAUCGAGGCCCCAUCAGUCUGUCUGCGCAACCUCUGGCCUGGUGGCUGUUGGUGCAGCCACAGGUUUGCACCACGCAGUGGGGUGGCUGUUGACACGUGCAUGGGUUUGUACCGCCAAGGGCUGGUGAAUAAAUAGCCAAGGAUCUGUGCAGCCUAAUGGCGAAUGGUAUCGUCGUGGAUUUAUGUAGCUCAAUGGUUGUGGUAACAGUCAGCCUUGUACGGUUGUCGGUAUAGUCGUGGGUUUGUGUGGCCUGAUGGUGGUUGGUAUUGCCAUGAGCUGGAUGACCCAGUGUUGGUUGUAGCCCUGAAUAUGUGCAGCUCAAUGGUUGUUCUUCUAGCCAUUGGUUGGCACAGCCCAGUAGUUGCUGCUAUGGUGACGGUUGUGCAGAUCUGUCGUUGGCAUGGUCACCAGUUUGGGUGGCCUGAUGGUUGCUCUAAGCCAAGACUCUGCGGAGCUCAGUGGUUACGGAUAUGGUGAUGAAUGUGCACCACCCCAUGGCUGCUGUUGCGAACCCAGAUAACCAUAGCUCCGUGGCUGUUGGUAUGCGGGCGUGCACAGCUCCAUGGUGGCCAGCAAAGUCAUGAGCGUACAUUUUGCAUAAAUGGAUCGCCGUAUCCAGCCUUUCGUGACUGACUGCUCAGCAUAUGUCCCCCUGGUCAUAGCUGAAUAACCUCCCGUGGUGUGUGCAUGCUCUGCCCAUACCUUAGUCCCUCUCUGAUCAGUGACUGGCAGGCACACGGCUGCCUCCUCUUUUGGCUUGUAAAUGCUGCCGCUGUCAGCAUGCAUGUCCUGUGUGGACUCACUCAUGUUGCUCCCGGGAACAAAUCUAGAGGUGGAAUUCUUGAGUCAUGCAGGAACUCUGUGACUUGGGAGGUACGGCCAGGUUAUUCCCACAGUCAUUGAGCUAUUUAAUGGGGAGUGUGACAGGAAUCCGCCCACUCCCGGUGGCUGGGAAACAAAGAGAGGAGGACUAGGGUCUCAGGGUCCCAGGGUCCCAGGGUCCUAGGCUCCCCUUAUUUCCACUUCUUAAAGGCCCCUCCACCACCCAACAGCACUAUAAGCUGGCACCAAGCCUUCAGCACUAUGGUUUAAUGACUUGCCCAUAAAUGUUUGCCUUUUAAAGUCUUUGGAGCAGGAUGGAGGUUAAGUGGCCCAUUGUCUUCUAUAUUGGCUAUCUCCAGAUCACCUCUGGGCUGUUGGCUUCUCCUAUGGGUUCAUUCACCUUCGGGUGACUAGAAUAAGUUAAAAGAAAUACAAACCAGGAUAGGACAAACAAACAAACAAACACAAACAGCCAGAGAAAAACACAGGAAACACAUUCAGAUACAGAGGCAUACACAUUUGCACACACAGAAACCCAACAAAAACACAAAGUUGGAAACCAUAAUAUAUAAGCAAAAUACCUGUAAGGUAAUAAAUAAAUAAAUAAAUAAAUAAAUAAAUAAAUAAAUGUUAAAGAUAGAAAAAGAAAAGAAAGAAAGAAAGAAGAAGGCCGAGACAAAGCAUUAUGAGGGAAAAAAAAAACCAAAAACAAACAAACAAACAAACAAACAAAAAAACCUCAAAAAAUACCUUUGGGGAAAAAAAAAUACUUUUGAGUUUGUUUUGUGUUAAUCAUCUACUGCUAGGCAUGGAGCCUGCCCUGUAAGCGUGGUUUGUCUACCUAGUGAGACUCGGAGAAAACUAAUUUUUCCUUUUUGAGUGGUUAUCAGUUCGAGUUAGGGGUUGCGGUUUGUCCCCAUUCAGCCCCGGGAUCCCCUCUGGCUUAGACCUGUGCAGGCCCUAUGCAUGCUGCCAGAGUCUCUGAAAAUUCACAUUGCAUCAAUCCUAUUGUGUUUACUUGUUUUCUUAGUGCCCUCCAUCCCCUCUGGCUCUUCCCCUCUUUCCGCCUCCUCUUCUGCAGAGUUCCCUGAGUCCCGAGGGGAGGAUUUGACAUCCGUUUAGAAUUACAUGCUCCCAGCUCUCUCGCUGUCUACACAUUGCCCAGUUGUGGGUCUUUGUGGCUGGUCCCGUCUACUGCAGGAGGAAGCUUCUCCGAUGGUGGCUGAACCAGGUCCUGCUCUGGGCGUAUGGCAGAAUAUCAUCAGGAGUCAUUUUAUUGAUAAGUUCCUUUAGCAGGACAGAAGAGUCUGGUUUCCCUCUAGGUCCAUGUCCUAUCUGAACUCAUACUCUUGGCCACCCAAGCAGUGUCAGGCAUGAGUUCCAUCUCAUGGAGCAGGACUUAAAUCCAACCAGAUAAUGGCUGGUUACUGCCACAACUUUGGUGCCACUAUUGUACCAGCAUAUCUUGUGAACAGAUUACUGUUGUAGACUGAAGGGUUUGUAGCUGAUGGAUGUUUAUUGUAAGGCAGAGUGCCUUACAGUAUCAAGAAAACUGCUCAGCAGGGGUGAAGGUUCUAGGUAGGCCCUUACCGUCAGCAUGUGGUAAGCCUUGGAAAGAGCUUGCGUUAUUUGGGGGACCCCUUAGCCAACAACUGAAUUAGACAGAACCCAUCCCCAACACUGGAGGUUUCAAUGUGAUGUCUAGUUGGGGCUUUCUCUCCCCUGUUCUUGGUGACUCUUUGUACCUUUUUCAUACAUGUAUAUAUUUUAAGAAGCUUUGACUAUAGCAGGUUUUCAAAUGACACCCUCCCCAAAUGAUCUUUAGUUUUAGUUCACCCUCCUUGUGUUCACCUCCUCACCUCCUCUUCUGUUCCCUUUCCUUUAAUUCUCCAAUUAUAGCCCCACCCUGUUCAUUCAUAACUAUAUAUAUAUAUACUUAUCUUUUGGGAUCUGGGUUACCUCACUCAGGAUGAAUCUUAUUUUCUAGCUCCAUCAAUUUACCUGCAAAUUUUAUGGUUUUAUUUUUUGACAGCCGAGUAAUUGUUUGUUGUGUAAAUAUACCACGUUUUCUUUACCCAUUCAUCCACUGAGAGACAUCCAAGCUGUUUCCAGUUUCUGGCUAUAAUAAAUAGAGCAGCAGUAAUCAUGGAGGAGCAAGUGUCUAUGUAGAGCGUAUAUAUAUAUACGCUCCAGGUUCUGAGGAACCAUCUCACUGAUUUCCACAAGGGCUGCACAAGUUUGCACAUACCCUCACAAUGAAGAAGUGUCCCCCCUACCCCCAUGUUCUUGCCAGCAUGAGCUGUCACUUAUUUUAUUGUCCUGGGCCAUUCUGACAGGUGUAAGAUGACAUCUUAAAGUAGUUCUGAUUCGCAUCUCCCUGAUGACUAAGGAUGUUGAACAUUUCUGAGCAUCCUCCGGCCAUCUGUGUUUCAUCUUCUGGAACUCUCUGUGUAGAUCUGUCUGUACCCAUGUUUUUUAAAAUUUGUCAUUUGUCUUCUUGAUGCCCACUCUUUUGAGUUCUUUUAUGUAUUUUACAUCUUAGCCCUCUGUCGGAUAUGCAGCUAGUAAAACUUUUUCCCCAUACUGUACCCUGCCACUUUGUUCCAUGCCUGCUGAUGGCAGAGUCUCUUCCUUUGUUUAUCGGGCUGCCUCUAUUUUGCCUUAGUUUCUGAAACGGUUUUGCUGUGUCUGUAAUUCUCACCCAUCGCGUCUGGCCUCCAGGUAUCUGACCAAGGCUGGCCAUUGCUGCUCUCAGGGUUCCCUUGGCAGUUUUCAAGACCUUCCCCUGGGUUUGAGUUCAGCUCAUUUUAAAAGUCUGCUUGGGGAAUCUACCAAGUGGCUCUGUCUUAUCAGCUGAGCCCCCGGGGUGUGAAGAUUGAUGUCUUUUCACCGAACCGGACAGGUUUCCGCCUUUGUCUGAGACAGAACUUCUCCAUCUGCCUGCGUGGAGGGCCCAGCAUCUUACUCACCAUCAGAACCACGGAAGUUCCAAGCCCUGCCUUCAUCCAUCCUAGCUGGCGCCUGGUAGAGCGAGAAGCUAUUUGGAGACUCUGCAGCCCAGAGCAUCCGCUGAGGAGGUGCCCUUGACCCUCAGAAAUGUGGCAUAGUUUAGGAACCACAUAGACUCUGGAUGCCCACCGGGCUUGGAGCAGUGCUGAGUGAGCGGGCGUGUGGGACAACGCUCUGGUAAACAAGCUGUCCUCACACGGUCUGAGUCCCCAGUGGACUUGUGUUGAGGGAGGGAGCUCCGCAGUGCCCCUGCAAAAACGGGAGCUCUGAGCACCCAAGCUCAGAGGAGACAAAGGAUGUAGGAACGUUACAGGCACUGUCAGGGGCUCCCAAGAAACGUGACAGAUGGCAGUGAUCAGGAGGUGGUUACUGCCCUGAUACCAGGCUACCUCUUUCUCACACCUGCUGUGAGCCAACCUCUACCCCAGGAAGGCUCCCUCGAGCCUGCCACAGGCACAAAGGGGUUCCCACUGACAGCAGGAGGCACCCCUAGACAGCAAGUCUACAGAGCAAUUCAGGAGAACAUGGCACCAUCCUCAAAACCCGCAGCCCUAGUGCCCCGACUCCAUCUCUGCUCUGGCAGGGAUGCUGCCCUAAGGACUAAGAAUUCUGAGAUAGGACACCUCCAGGCAGUCACAUGGCGGCUGCCAUCCUGGUCUCCCAUGUGAUCAGAGCAUCUCGGUAGAAUUUCUCCCGGGGUGGGGAGGAAGGGGGAAAGGGAGGAGCAGCUCCAGAACCUCACCAGACAGCAGUAUUUGUUGACAGCCCAUCAACAGCGAGGUGACAGUCUGACUCCAAACAUGACCAGGAAAAGGAAGCUGGAGCUGAGGCACAACACAAGCAACCUAGGGGUAUAAAGCCAGCCACCAUGGCACCUCACACAUAUACACACACACACACUCACACAUCCACACACUCGCCCUUCUCCAGCUUAACCCCACCAUGGCCGCCUCCACCAUGUCUGUCUGCUCUGAAGCUUGCACCAACUCCUCCUGGCAGGUGGACGACUGCCCAGAGAGCUGCUGUGAGCCCUGCAGCUGUACCCCCAGCUGCUGCCACUGCUGUGUCCCCAGCUGCUGUGCCCCAGCCCCCUGCCUGACCCUCGUCUGCACCCCAGUGAGCUGUGUGUCCAGCCCCUGCUGCCAAUCUUCCUGUUGCACACCCUCAUGCUGCCAGCAGUCUAGCUGCCAGCCAGCUUGCUGCACCUGCUCCCCCUGCCAGCAGUCCUGCUGUGUGACUCUCUGCUGCAAGCCUGUCUGCUGCACACCCAUCUGUUCUGGGUCCUCCUCAUGCUGCCAGCAGUCUAGCUGCCAGUCCUCAUGCUGCCAGCCCUCAUGCUGCCAGCCAUCCUGCUGUGUGCCUGUCUGCUGCAAGCCUGUCUGCUGCACACCCAUCUGCUCUGGAUCUUCCUCAUGCUGCCAGCAGUCUAGCUGCCAGCCCUCAUGCUGCCAGUCCUCCUGCUGCCAGCCAUCCUGCUGUGUGCCUGUCUGCUGCAAGCCUGUCUGCUGCACACCCAUCUGCUCUGGCUCCUCCUCCUGCUGCCAGCCAUCCUGCUGUGCUCCUGUCUGCUGCAAGCCCUGCUCCAGCAUGUCCCUGCUCUGCCGCCCCGUGUGCAGACCUGCCUGCUGCCUGCCCACCUCCUCCUGCUGUGCCUCCUCCUGCCAGCCCAGCUGCUGCCGCCCAGCCUCCUGUGUGUCCCUGCUCUGCCGCCCUGCCUGCUCCCGCCUGGCCUGCUGUGGCCUCUGCUCGGGCCAGAAGUCCAGCUGCUGAUGGGCCUGUCC